GACCUGCACUACGUCGCCUACGGCAGCGAGAAGGAGUCUUUGUACCUUCCCGCAAUUAGGAAGCUGAUCUCAAACGAUCUCUCCGAGCCCUACAGCAUAUACGUCUACCGAUACUUCCUCUAUCAGUGGGGAGACUUAUGCUUUAUGGCCCUCACGCCAGAUAACGAGCUUGUCGGCGUCAUUGUAUGUAAGCUGGAGCCGCACCGCGGUGGUCCAAUGCGUGGCUACAUCGCCAUGCUUGCCACGCGGGCGGAAAAUCGAGGUCGUGGUAUAGCUACCAGGCUCGUUCGGAUGGCUGUCGACAAAAUGAUCGAAAAGGACGCGGAUGAGAUUGCUUUGGAAACCGAAGUCGACAAUAUACCGUCCCUGCGCAUCUAUGAAAACCUGGGUUUUUUGCGGACCAAGCGUCUGCACCGAUACUAUCUGAAUGGCAACACCGCAUUCAGGCUAGUGCUCUAUCUCAAGCCAGGCAUACCUUACAAGCCCACCUAUCCUCCCGAGUUU